AUGUUAAAGCUGCUUGUCCUUGGAGUAUUGCUUCAUGGUGUUUCACUGAGUGGCCAAGAUGAGGCUCCUCCCAAGGCUGAUGGCAUUCCAGGCGAACCUCUGUUUAACUAUGCCAGUAUCCGCUUGCCCAAGGAGCACAUUCCCUUCUUUUUGCACAAUAACAGGCAUAUUGCCACGGUUUGUAAGAAAGACUCACAUUGUCCUUAUAAGAAACACUUAGAGAAUCUAAAAUACUGCUGGGGUUAUGAGAAAUCCUGCAAACCAGAGUUCAGAUUUGGUUACCCUGUCUGCACCUACGUCGACAUGGGAUGGACAGAUACCCUUGAAUCCGCCCAGGACAUAUUCUGGAAACAAGCUGACUUUGGAUAUGCGGGAGAGCGUCUGGAGGAACUGCAUGUGCUCUGCCAGCCUAAGGAAACUCAUGACUCAAGCCUGGUGUGUUCCCGUUAUCUUCAGUACUGCAGAGCAUCCAAUCUCUAUCUUGAUUUAAGAAACAUCAAGAGAAACCAUGACAGAUUUAAGGAAGAUUUUCUACAGAGUGGUGAAAUCGGAGGACACUGCACACUGGACACUCGGACAUUGAUGUCUCAAGGUCAGCGCAAAAGCCCUCUGCAGUCUUGGUUUGCUGAGCUGCAAAGCUAUACUCAGCUCAACUUCAGACCUCUAGAAGAUGCUAAAUGUGACGUUGUUAUUGAAAAACCAACCUACUUCAUGAAACUGGAUGCAGGUGUUAACAUGUAUCACCACUUCUGUGACUUUAUCAAUCUUUAUAUUACUCAGCACGUUAAUAAUUCAUUUGGCACAGAUGUAUACAUCGUGAUGUGGGACACAAGCUCCUAUGGAUAUGGUGACCUGUUCUCUGACACCUGGAAAGCCUUUACUGAUUAUGAUGUUAUACAUUUGAAAACUUAUGAUUCCAAAAGGGUAUGUUUUAAAGAAGCUGUUUUUUCUUUACUCCCCCGGAUGCGAUACGGGCUGUUCUAUAAUACCCCUUUGAUAUCUGGCUGCCAAAACACGGGAUUAUUCAGGGCAUUUUCCCAGCAUGUGCUACACAGACUGAACAUCACACAGGAGGGACCCAAGGACGGAAAAAUCCGAGUCACCAUCCUUGCGCGGAGUACAGAGUACCGGAAAAUACUAAACCAAAAUGAGCUGGUAAACGCACUGAAAACGGUAUCUACACUUGAGGUUCAGAUUGUCGAUUACAAAUAUAAAGAACUUGGGUUUUUGGAUCAGCUGAGGAUCACUCAUAACACGGACAUAUUUAUUGGAAUGCAUGGAGCUGGUCUUACCCAUUUACUUUUCCUUCCAGACUGGGCUGCUGUAUUUGAACUGUACAACUGUGAAGAUGAGCGCUGUUACUUAGACCUGGCCAGGCUGAGAGGUGUCCACUACGUCACUUGGCGAAGGCAGAACAAAGUCUUUCCUCAGGAUAAGGGCCACCACCCAACUCUGGGGGAACAUCCGAAAUUUACCAACUAUUCUUUCGAUGUAGAAGAAUUCAUGUACCUUGUCCUUCAGGCUGCAGACCACGUAUUACAACACCCAAAGUGGCCAUUUAAGAAAAAACAUGAUGAGCUAUAAAUGUGCUGAAUCUGUUUGCAAAAUCUGUUUGUUUAAACAUUCUACCACCCAGACUCACAGUUAAGUCAGUAAAACACCUUGUUAUUUCCUAGCCCCAAAUUACCUUUUCUAUACCAAAACAUGCCUUCAGGAUAGUACUUAAGUGUUUUAGAGGCUUUAGCUAUUUCCAGGGAUUUUUGUGUCAUAGCUAUUUAUCAAGAGACUGUUUUUGCACUGAAAACUUUACUCUUUAUAGUUCAAAAAUAAGGCUGUACUAGGCUCACUAGUA